AUGCCUCCGAAGCGUGUUUCGGAGAAAGAGAGCGCCCUGCCCGGCUGCGUCACUGCCCGGUGUGGGAACUGCCGGGCUUUCGGAGGUCUCCAAAGGGUGGUGUGGACGGCGCAGCGGACCGAUGUUGUGGUGGAGGAGUUCAAGUAUCUUGUGAUCUUGUUCACGAGUAAGGGUAAAAUGGAGCGGGAGAUUGACAGGCGGACUUGGGUGGCAGUGGCAGUCAUGCGAUCGUUGUACUGGACUGUUGUGGUGAAGAGGGAGUUUAAGUGUAAAGUGAAAAACAAAUGCUCAUAUAAGAUAAAUCUCUUUACAAGGCCAAGGAAGGAAGAGCUAAGGAUUGUGUUGCUCAGGAAAACAGGAGAUGGAAAGAGCAGCACUGGGAAUACCAUCCUAAACGACAAAGCAUUCCCUGCCAAAUCAUCAUUCAAAGCUGUGACCCACAAGUGUGAAUCAAAAUCAGGAACCGUACAUGAGAGGCCUGUAAAAGUGAUUGUCACGCCUGGAUUUUUUGACACUGAUCAUCCAGAAGAUCAGCAGGCAUAUGAAAUUGCAAACUGUCUCACUCAGUCCGCUCUACAAGUUCAUGCCUUUCUCAUUGUACUCAGAGUUGGACGAUACACAGAACAGGAGUGGGAGGUGAUGAAAAAAAUAACAGAACCUUUUGGGGAAGAUGCAUUGAGAUAUUCAGUGGUUCUUUUGACUCACGGUAAUCAACUCGAUGAUGGUCAAACCAUUGAGGACUUUGUUAGGGAGAAUGGAGCUUUACAGGAGCUUGUGGAUAAGUGUGGGGGACGCUGUCAUGUGAUUGACAAUAAGUACUGGAACCAGCAGCAAGAUGAGUACAGAAACAACAGUGUUCAGGUACAGAAACUACUGGAGACUAUUGAAGAAAUGUUAAGAGAGAAUGGUGGUAACUACUACACCAAUGAAUUACCGCAGACGGUUCAGGAGGACAUAAAAGGAGAGGAAAAGACAAUAAAUGAAGACGGCACAGGGCAUUUGUCUGAAGAGGAAAUCAGAGAGAUGGCCCGAAUGAGAGUGUUCAACAAGUAUGAGAUAAAACUGGCAGGGAUAGCCACUGGGGUGUUAACUGGGGCAUUGCUGGGUGCUUUCCUUGGAGUUGGAGUUUUGGAAAAGCGAAGGAUGGCGUUGCCCGGGAAAACAGGAGAUGGAAAAAGCAGCGCUGGGAACCCUAUCCUCUACAACGACACGUUCCCUGCCACACUAUAA